UAAUUUGUGUUACCAAAUCUGCAAAAAGGAUCAUUAUAAGGUUUUAAUUAUAAAUCUAUGCUUAUUUCACAGACCGGUGACUUCAUAGUUCUACGUUCGGAUUUGGUCAACGAUUGGCCUAUCAUUUGGCAAGUGGAUACCCAAUGCAUUCUACAAAAAUACGAACCGUUUUGCCAAAAUGGCAAAAUGUUCUAUCGUAACAUGUCCAUGUAUUCGUCUUGGAAUCUCGAUUCUAAGAAGCUAUACGUUAAGGCGCCCGUGCGCAUACAGGUACAAUCGCACAAAGAGACUAUCGUGGAAUUUAUGCGAUCCGAGUUGCUAGCCGACGAUACUGAACAAUUUAUUGAGAAAAUCAUGGAAGACUUUUUGCGUUAUCGUGAUAACUUUGAAAUUUAUAUUCAAACAAUGAUAUCGCAAGUGCUUGAUCCCAGCUUUUUCUUGGAAAUAACUAGAGAAAAAGAUGAAUACUUUUUGGGCAGCGUCCGCAUCAUCGACAGCAUAAUGGACAAUUGCAAGCGUAAGUUACUUUCUAUUACGCCUUGGACGCGCAGUAUUAUUGUUUCGAUUGAAACAUAUCCCAAAUGUCAUGUAUUCACUGAAUGGGGUCAAAAUAAUUUGACCCAAAAGAAUUGUGGAGGCUGUCAUCAACCAGGCAUAUCAGUACGUUUUCUACUUUUCGGCAAUCCUUAUCAUGCCAACACUAUGCAGCCGGUCCCAGUUGAUACACGUUUGGCUUGUGAGAAGGAUAUACUUUUAUGCCGCAUUUGUGCUGCUCGCGCCGACAUUUUCCACAAGAUUGCUCAUGAGAAGUUUAAUUUGUAUAUACAUUGUUCGAGACGUGUUGCUGAGCAACAACAAGAAUAUCCUGGUAAAUCUUCUACGGAAAUUUUGAAUGAUCUACUCGCCGAACACAACUGGGUGGAUGAGCUAUUCCGCAACAUGCGCAACUCGUGGGCCGAGGUUGAAAGCUUAGAGCGUCAAAAACGUUUUCGCGAAGUUUCACAAUAAAAUGAACACGGUUAAGGCAUGCUAAUAAUUUACAUUAUUGUCUUUGGAAUUGGUGCUCACGUUCUGGCCGAGUUCAGAAUAAAUAUGCCGUGCAAUAAGUAGCCCAGCAAACAGCUAACGAAAUUCCUUAAAAACUCUAAUUACGCAAGCAAAACUAAAUGAUUAAAAUUACUACAUACAAAACAAAAAUUGAACGACAAAAAAUAUUCUUUUACAAACUGUUAUAAGCGCGUAAAAUGCAACAUACAACAUUUUUGUGCAAGCUAUAGAACAGUUCAGCUAAGCUAAAUACAAAUAUAUACAUACACAUAUAAUAGCAGUUGCUAAGUACAUAUAU